AUGACGGCCACCAACACGACGACCAUCGAGAGCGUGUGCAAGCUACUCACCACGCCAUCUGCGGGGACCCAGCCGGAAGAUCCGAAGCCGGUGUCAUUGAACGUUGCCCAAACGGAAAUGUUGAACCGAUUGAUUGGACAUUUCAGUGCCGAAGGGUUCCGGCCGCAGGAGAGGACAGUCGACAGUAAGGGCAAGGAGAAGGUCAAGGCUGGCGCACCACUGACGGCCUGGGAGGCGUGCUCACUGCUCAACCGAGAGGCUCUCCUGCGUUGUCUGCGCGCUGACAAGUGGGACCUGGCGAAAUGUCAGGCCCGACUUGAGGAGACCAUAAUUUGGCGCAGAAGUCUCGGCGGCGACGGCAUCGAAAUUGAGGGACAGGCGGCGACUCUAAAAACUGAGGCAGAAAGCGGGAAGAUGUUCACCCUCGGCUUCGAUAACAUCGGCCGGCCUAUCGUCCACAUGCGGCCUCGUAACCAGACCAGUGGUACCGGUGGCUCGGGACACCGGUUCCCACUGGCCUUCUGGCUCAUCGACCGGGCCAUCGAUCUCAUGCCCCCUGGAGUAGAAUCCAUCUUACUUGUCAUAGAUCUCGCUGGACCUCAAGAAUCACCGUCGGUCAAACAGCAAAAGGAUUUCGUUAGAACCCUAGGAGCACAUUACUGCGAACGACUAGGGCAGGCUCUAGUUUGCAAUAUGCCCACCUUAUUUGUUUGGGUACUCAAGGACAUUGAGAGUUACUGGCCAGCAUUGACCUUAGAAUGUGGUCAACGCCGUCGUGCACGACUCGAGAAAUGGGUGAAACUGGGGAAGAAGGUUGGCUCGAGUGAGCUCGAGGAUGAGCCAGCCGGCCAACGGGCCUCCUCGUCCAGCUCCGUCUCUUCCGCAUCCACUACCUACAGCGUUAGUAUGGCACCCAGCACCGCUAGUACCUCCGCUCCUGCCGAUUCGUCCACUUGCACCCUUCCUGAGAUCGCCCAUGGACCCGCCCCUCAAGCUCUGGUCGCUGUCUCCCAGUGAUCCUCUCUCAACAAGCUAUCGUAAAUGUACCCAUGGCAAUGGCAUAUCAUAUCACACCCAACCCACACAACCUCUCUUUCGCCUCUUCAACCAUCCAUUACUUGCUUCUUCUGCUUCUCUCUUGUGUAAUGCUUUUUCUAGACCUCUCUGGUCUCACCCCCGCCCACCCUUGAUUUCUAUUUCACUUUCUAGAUCUUG